CAUGGUUUUUAUCGACUUUGGACCACAUUUUACUGUCACUGACACUACUGGUGAGAAUCCAUUAACAGGCAUGGUCGCUGCGAUUUCAAAAGACAUUGACGGAAUUGUCACGUGUCUUGAUGAAUCGCGGCAUGGCCUGGAAGAUGGAGAGUAUGUGACUUUUACUGAAAUUAAGGGUAUGGAAGAAUUGAAUGAUUGUGAACCAAGAAAAGUUAAAGUGCUGGGCCCUUAUACUUUUAGCAUCGGUGACACUUCAAAUUUUUGUGACUAUAUUAGUGGUGGUAUUUUCACGCAAGUCAAACAGCCAAAAACAGUUAGCUUUAAAUCUCUUAGAGAAGCUUUGAAAAAACCAGAGUUUCUUAUUUCCGAUUUUGGUAAAUGGGAUCGACCUGGACAAUUGCAUUUGGGUUUCCAAGCGUUACAUGCAUAUACUGAAAAGAGUGGUUCCCUUCCUCGUCCAUAUAAUGAACAUGAUGCUGAUGAGGUUCUUAAAUUAGUCAAAGAGCUUAAUGAGCAGUGCGAGGAAAAGGUUGAAUUAAGUGAUAAGCUUAUCAAACAACUUGCAUAUGGAGCUGCUGGUGAUUUAUCACCAAUGGCUGCAGUAUUUGGAGGUUUAGUAGCCCAAGAAGUACUCAAAGCAUGCAGCGGAAAAUUCCACCCAAUCUAUCAAUUCUUUUAUUUCGAUUCACUAGAAUCACUUCCAGAUAAUGUUAAAUUUGGUGAAGAAGAAUGUGCACCAUGUGGUUCUCGUUAUGAUGGUCAAAUAGCAGUUUUUGGCAAAGAAUUUCAAAACAAAAUUGCAAAUUUCAGAGCUUUCUUGGUUGGUGCUGGCGCCAUCGGUUGCGAAAUGUUAAAAAAUUGGGCCAUGUUAGGUUUAGGGACUGGCCCUAGAGGUGCUGUUCACAUUACGGAUAUGGAUACUAUUGAAAAGAGUAAUUUAAACCGUCAGUUCUUAUUCCGACCUAACGAUGUGGGC